AACAACAAUUAAACAAAAACCAACAAAACAAAACAAAAACGAAAAUGAAUUCACUGAACGGAAAAUUAAUUUGCGCAUAUGGAAUGUUGCACACAUAGAUAUAGAUGUAGUCGUAUAUAUACAUAUAUGUAUAUUUGCCUAUGUUAUACACACACAAAUCUACAUAAAUUCUAAGUGCAAACCAAUUGUGAUUUAAGCUAAUGACCACAACCACAAAUCAGCUACAAAAAAGUGUAUAAAAAUCAGUUUUCAAGCUUAUUAACUGAAAAUCCACGAAAGCCUUGUAAAUAGCAAAACAAAAUAACUGAAGAACAAAACUCUUUUCUUAUUGAUAAUACCAACUGAAAAUGAAACCAAAGAAAUUAAAAAUCUAAGAUUAACCAUUUAAAAAAACAACGAAUGAACAGACAACGCCGUUUACACAACAACUUGAUAGAGAAAUAAUGCCUUGCUAAACAACUGGAUGCUAUACACUCCCUUUAAACCGAGUGGACGAUCUCAACGCAAAAAUGGCACCGCAACAUCAUCAACAUCGGCAGCAACAGCAACAAAGGACGCAACUUACUCGGCAAAGGCUGCAGCAACACCAACAGCAACAGCAAUUAGAAACAACAGCAAAGGCCCGGCAACGAUAUAGAGCGGUGGAAAAAUGAAACAAAAGCCAGAAACGAAUUUUCCACUCAAAUUUGCAUUCAGCCAAAGAAAUACAAAAGUCUAAACAAAGAGGAAGGAAACAACACACAAACCAGAGCACAAUAAGAAAGUCGCCAGUGGAAAGGGGUCAGAGGGCACGCACACAAACACACCAAAACACACAGGAGCAGACCGCAACACAAUCACAACCAUACGGAGCACAUAAAACAAAUUUAACACACGGACACACAGGACGACAAGUGCAAUGUGAACAAUUUUCAACGAAUUUCCAAAAGUCUACAAAACAAAUCUAACAAAAGUUCAUUACAAAUAACAAACCAUAAGACAUUUUGAAAUUUGCUCUGUGAUUUUCUAUCAGAAUGGUUUAUUAAUCCAAAUUAUAAUAAUACAAAUAUUUAAAAACAUAAAGUAUUUAUAAAUAUUGCUUAACUGCGUUCCAAGCAAGAGAGAAAAGUUUAUCGAAUCCCCAAAGAAAAGCUUUAACUCCAACAGAAAACGUAAACCAACAAUUUCUGUAAAUAUUUAAUACUCUGCGACUAAUUAGACCAGCUAGUGCUAGUCAAAUAACUUCGAUCAUAGCCACAUUUCCACUAGAGGACAACCCAGACCGAAGCCAUGGACGAAAUGCCCGACCUGUCGCACCUCACGCCCCACGAGCGGAUGCAGAUCGAGAAUGUCCUUAUGCGACAGAAGCAGGAGGAGGAGAAGCAGAACGAGAUCAUGCGGCGCAAGCAGGACGAGGUGGUAACGCUGGAAAUGCAAAUCAGACAGCGCUCCGAGCAGCAGAAGAAGGCUGGCGUCGAGCUGGAUGCCACCUGUCACAUAUGCCUUAAGACCAAGUUCGCCGACGGCGUUGGCCACAUUUGCCACUACUGCAACAUUCGCUGCUGCGCCCGGUGCGGCGGUAAGGUGACGCUGCGCAGCAACAAGGUAAUUUGGGUGUGCAUACUGUGUCGCAAGAAACAGGAGCUGCUGUCCAAGACUGGCCAAUGGAUCAACAAGACGGCGGCCCAACAAGACGGUUUCAUCCGACGCAUCGAGCCGGAUGGGAGCAGCGACAUCUCACAGCAUCCUAUCGUGGAUCCGCACGACACUACGGACAAGCGGCCCAAGCUGGAAAGGACUCGCAGUGCCGCCGAGAAGGAGAAUCUGCCGAUGCAGCGGGCGGGCAGUGUGCUGAGGCGCCAGUACUCGCAACAGGAGCAGCCCACGAACCGCCGGCUCUCGGCCACCGACAGCGGCAUGGACCCCAUGAUGAGUCCUGGCCAGCAGCAGCAGCUGCAGCACCACCAGCAACAGAUGCAGCAGCAACGAUCCCGCAUGCAGCCAAUGAAUCCGCAACAGGCGCAGCAGGGAUACGGAAUGCAGCAACAGCAACAACCAAGAUCGGGUGGCGCAUAUCCCGACGAUGAUCCGCGUUGCUAUCAGGGCGAGCUGGACGGUCUGAUGAGGCAGCAUCCCCACCUAGCGCAUCCCAGCCAGGUGCAACCGUCACAGCAGCAGCAAUCGCAGCACCAGCAGCAUCAGCAGCAGCAACAUACUAUGCCGCAGCAGCAUCGCCAGUCACCCCAGCAACAUCCCCAGCAGCAGCAACAGCAACAUUCGCAGCAAUUUGCGGUCAGGCAGCAGCAGCAGCAUCAACAGCAAUCGUACCAGGCACAAAUACAUCAGCAGCCGCAGCAGCAGCCGCAGCAGCAUCCGCAUUCGCAGCAGCAGCAUCAGCAGCUGCAGCAGCAGCAGCAUGGACAGCAUGCACAGCAAAUGCCGCAGAUGGGUGGCUACCAGAAGCCGCCACCGUUAACCCGCAACCUUACCAUCAGCGGUGGUCAUGCGAUGGACUCCAGUGCCUACAGCCAGCAGCAACAGCAGCAGCAACAGCGACGGGCGCUGGCGGGAUCUCAGUACGCGACGCAGCAGCAGAGGUCCUUCAGCAGCUCUGAGGAGGAGUUCCAGCACCAAUUGCUGGCCGCCCAGGCGCAGGCAGUCGUGGCGGGGGGCGUGGCCACCGUGACCGCCGGAUCGGACUAUGACGGCGGGCGCCUCCAGGUGCGCACCUCUCUGGAUCCGUGGCGCCAGCAGCGCAGCCUCAACGAGCGGGACCUGCUCAGCGUGGGCGGUGGUGGUGGGGGCGUCGGCGGUGCUGACUUCCGCCACCUGUCGCACGCCACCCAGCGGCUGUACGCCUCCGCCGAUCAGCGGGAUCGCUACGAGCUGCAGCUGCAGCACCGUGAGCGCCUCGAGCAGUAUCCACUGACGCGUACCGCUCGCUUGGACGUCCAGCAGCGCAACUCGCUGAACCGCAGCAAUCACGAACGGCAGUUCUCCAGCAGCGGCGGCGGGGGCCAGUUGGGGGGUGGUGCCGCUGGCGCCUACAGACGUGCCCCGCCCUUGGCAACCGCCGGCGGCGGUGGCAGCAGCAGCAGCAGCACCACCAGCAGCAGCUACUAUCCCCAGUCGAAGCCGCAGAUUGUGAUUGGUUCGGGAACGGGCUCUGGAUACGAUCGGGCAUCCAUGGCAUCAGGGUCAGCGACCUUGGACGCCGCAGGUCAGGCGGCGCGAGGAGGCGGCCAGCGUGUUGGCCUGCUGGGCGCCACGAGGGGCGUCGCCGGCGGAGGUGGCAGCAGUUCGGUCAGCUCCACCGAGGCGGCCUACUGGGACGAACCGGCCACCAGCUCCUCCUCAUCGGCAGCCCAAGAUUCGCGGCGAUUCACCGAGCGCAGAAUAAAGAAGACGGUGCGUUUCGAUGCCCACGACGAAGAGGCCGCCAUUCUGGCGACCAACAGCUCACUGCCACCGGUCACGGGAAUCCUGCCCUCGACGGCUGUGGAUGUGGGUGCAGCCACCAUAUUGAGCAGCGGAAAGAGUCUCGAGGCCGGCGGUGCGGACUGGUCGCGCUGGGAAGCCGAAAGGCAGGGCAGUCAGGACUCGGCCACCAAGGACUCAGGCAUCGAUACCAGCAGCACGUUCACCAGCAGCGAGGAUUCAAAUCGCGGAGAUGGGCCCAAGAACCCGGUGAAUUGGCAAACAUCCGCGGAUAAUACUCGCCUGAUCGGGCACAUGAUAUUGCGUAAAUACUAUGAUGGGGAGGAUAUAUUAGGCUUAAAGGUAAACGGAGGUCAGCUCCUCGGAACGGGAAGCGUUACGAGCGGCGGAGGUCCAUGCGGGGCCAUUGUGGAGAAGGUGAAGCGCGGAUCGGUGGCCGAUCUCGAGGGAAGGAUUCGACCAGGCGACGAGAUCCUCGAGUGGAAUGGCCGCGGGCUGCACAACAAGAGUGCCGACGAGGUGUACGACAUCAUCGACGAGAGUCGGCUGGACGCCCAGGUGGAACUGAUCGUGAGCCGUCCGAUCGCCAGCGGCGGCGGCAGUGGCGGCAGCAGCAGCAACGUCAGUCCCAUCAGCGGCGCCUCCGGCGGAUCCGCCAACAGUGGUGCCCAGCUCACCGCUCGCCGCUCCUCGGCCAAUUUCCCGCACAGCGGGCUGGCCAGCAGCAUGGCCGGCAGUGCGGUGGUCAGCAGCGGCGGACGAUAUCUCCAGCGCAAAGCACCUGCAGUCGAGGCUAUUGAAAUCCACCGUGACAAGCCGAGCGUGCUGAUCACCUCGCCCGGUUCACCAGACAUUCACACCAGUGUCACCGGACCGGGAUCGGGAUCGGUAUCGAGAGCGGGCGGCGGCGGAGGACUCCGGCAACGUGGCGGCGUCGGGCAGACGCAGCGACUGGGACCAAGCCACAGCAACCACAGUCACAGCAGCAGCGGGAGUGGCAGCGGCAGCAGCACCAGCAGUGUCCACGCCCCCCAAUCCGCUCACGGCCUCCCCGCCCACGCGUCCGGUUCCGCCCCUGGCGGUCUGCACGGCACAACGACGGCAGGCCACCAUCACCACCAUUACCACCACCCGCAUCCGCAUCCGCACCAGCAUCCGCUUCAGGGUCUCCAGGGUCCGCCCGCCGCCGCCCACCACGGGGUGGGCGGUGGCCUUGGCAUGGGCGGUGGCUCCGGUACCACCACGCAGCCCAUUCCCAUCGAGGGGCGGCUGCAGCUGAAGCUCGGUUACGACCAGAACACGCUGCAGCUGAUCGUGACCCUGGUCUGCGCCACCGGCCUCUCCUUGCGCCAGAGCGGAGCGGGCCGCAAUCCUUAUGCUAAAGUAUUCCUUCUGCCCGAUCGCAGCCACAAAUCAAAACGGCGUACAAAGACAGUGGGCACCACCUGCGAACCACGCUGGGGCCAGACCUUUGUCUACUCGGGUCUGAGACGCUGCGACCUCAAUGGCCGACUGCUCGAGGUAACGCUUUGGGAUUAUGUGCGGUAUGGGGCCAACGACUUCAUCGGCGAGGUGGUCAUCGAUUUGGCCCAUCACAUCCUGGACGACGAGGCCGAGUGGUAUCAGCUGCAGCCCCACCAGGACACCUCCUAUCUCUUACGAGACGAGGGCAGCGAUGUGGACGGCCUGAUACUGACACCGACAGAUCAUUUAUCACCGCCGAGCACCAUGUCGCGUCUGAGCGAUUCGGACACGACGUCCGACUGCGACAUCGAUGGAAUGACGCCCGGGGCCAGCAUCUCGUCGAUGGGCAGCUCAGCGAGUCCGCCGCCCCUGCUAGAGCUCGAUCUAAACGAGCGUCGGUCCAGACGUGACAUGUCGCCACAGGGCCGCAAACGGGUGGCCGGGAUGGUGGCUCGUGACUACCGCACAGUAUCUGGCAUUGGACAAAGUUACCACAAUCAGGCCUCUGCCACCGGCUACUAUCGUCGCGGAGGUGGUAAUGGUGUCGGCUCGACCAUCGGUCCCGGUGGCAUGAGCCUUAGCCAGCGCAGCCACUCGGCGGCACCCAGCGACGGUUACCACAGCAGCGGAGGAGUGCCCUCCGGCGGAUCUGCAUACGGCUACAGGAGCACCAGUCCCAGGCGGGGCUCCCUCUCGCCGCCCGACGACCGCUACAUAGACUAUCCAGUGCUUCCAGUUCACGGCUCGCCCAACGCCCCAUCGGUCUACCAGGGCCCAGGUGGUGCCACCUCAGCAGCGGCGGCUGCCUCGCAGCAGCAGCGGUUCCAAUCACGCUCGGCCACAGCCACGCCCACAGGAUCACCGAAAAAGAGGCAACUGCCACAGGUGCCGCAGACCUCUCGCAGUGCCAUGCUGCGGGACCGCCUUGGGCAGGAUUUCGACGAGCGGCUGGCGUCAGGUGGUCGCUUUGGACGGCACCGCACACGGCAGCCACACCACCAGGCCACUUACCGCAGCACCGGAAUGGGCGGCUGGGAGCGCCACUACACGGGACUGUCCGACAGCGACCUGCAGUCGAUGGACGCGCGCAUGCGCCCGCGGCACUCGCUGUCGCCGGACAAGGACUUCAUGGGCGAGUUUGGCGACUCGGACAUGGAGUCGGUGGUCAGUGUGACUUCCAGCGCCUUCUCUACGCAGUCGGAACGACCCCGCACCUCCCGCGGACUCAGCUUCCCACGCAACUGGCGCAAUCUCUUUGGCGUCCGCAACAGUUUCCUCAGCGGCUCUGGAGGCGAACCUAUCACCGGACUGCAACUGCACCACGCGGAGCCCGGAAGGGCCAACACUAUCGAGGUGGAUGAUUGCGACUAUCUGCCGGCGGGUGGUGCCGCGCAACUGGUGUUGCUGGAGCAGUUGGAGCAACUGCAACAUUUGUCUGCUCUGGCAGCGGCAGACUCACCACCCAUUUCAACCGGAAUCGGAAUGGCACCACAUCAGGUGCUGGUGACCGAUGCCAACAGCGGCCAGUUGGUGGAGCAGUUCUUCGUAGAACCCGGCACCAUGGCCGAGGAGAUGAUGAUGAUGGAGCCACUCGAUCCCCAUUUGCAUCCACAUUCCGCCUCCUAUUCGCCAUCGCCCCAUUUGCCACCACCGCCCUUCGAUAUCGACAUAUUUCCACCACGACGGUCCAACGGACUGAAACCGAACGUACAAGUUACCGCCGCUGCCUAUCCGCUGCCGCUGCUGCCCAGCUUUGAGCAAUUCAAGCGCAUUACCACGCCCAUCACAAAUCUCUUCCGCAGCUCCUCACCCUCGGGCGUCCAUGCCCACGACCACGCCUCCACGACGCCCAGCUCGCUGGUGGGCUAUGUGCGCGACCAUCAGGACAAGAGCUGCAGCCACUGCCAGAAUGGAAGUCAGCCAGUGGUGCUGUCGACGCACCACACGCUGCACCUGACCGCCGCCGGUCUAGCGAUUGGCGCCUGCCCGGAUCCUUGCUGUCUGGCGGAUGCCCAUCCCCAUCCCCAGCACCAGCCCAUGGGGUAUCCCUAUGGAGUCGGAGCAGGUGUUGACCACCUGCCUCCGUCAUCGGACCCAGCGAUGUGCGGCGAGUGUGUGGAUCAGCACUUUCUGGGCGGAUUGACGGGACCGCAGCUAAACCUGGGCGUGGUGCCCACCUACCAUGUGCACACGCCCACUCCGAAUGCCCAUCGGCGAGCCAGGGGUCAAAUGGCGACGCCAGCACCACCGCCCACGCAAUCGGUGCUUCGUCUGUCGCGACAACUGAGCGAAGACGCCUUGGUGGCUGCGGUCCCCAUCUCAGAGGCCAAGGCGCAACCCACUUCGAUACUGAAGAAGCCGAAGCUGGAGCGAAGGCGACUCUUCCACGAGGGUCAGUCGCGAUCCCUGGACUACGAUGAUCUGCACACGAAGAGCUGGGGUCGCCGACGCAUACGAUAUGAGGACGAGGUGAUGCCCUCCUCGGCGGACUACCCUUAUCCACAUCCCAACCCGUAUGCCCAUUCACCAACGGCGGCGGCGAUGUCUCGUCGAUAUGGAUCGGAGACCAAUAUCCGUCAGUCGUAUAUGGGCGCCAAUGUGGAUGCCAGCCAUCCGUUGAGUCACUCGCAUUUCCUGGUAACCGAUGAUAAGAUAGUUACCAUUACCUACGACUCGGAUGUGGGCUGGACGCGACGUGGUGUGGCCCCGUCCCUCUUCCGGGGGGCACAUCGGCAGCGUGGAUUCGCAGAUGCCAGGCACCACAUGUCGCUGGACUUGCAGCGAACCAGCCAACAGAAGUUGUACGGACCAGCGGCUCCAUACUUGAAGCGCCGACGGAAUCUGCCGCAUCCACCAAGCGCGCAGAAUGCCCACAACUUUUCACCAAUGGAGCCGGGUUCGGGGAUGGACUUGAACGCUGCGGCAGCGGGAAUGGAGCAGGGCAACGGAAUGGGCAGCGGGGGUGCACACAACACUUCCAGUACCAGUACUAUACACAAUAGCAACCACCAACACACCAACCACCACAAUAGCCAAGCGAAUAGUGUUAGUGUUAGCCAAAGUCACAAUCAACAACAACUACAACAACAACAACAAUCAGUUAGGCAAAAAGGGAAAGAAGGCACCACCGCCAACAGCGGAUCGAUGAUGGCAUCGGAGCAGCUGACGAAAUCUAGUAGUGGGAGCGGUGGUGCAACAUCUGCUGCCGCUGCUGGGCAUCUUGUCGUCGGUGGUACUAAUGCUAAUAAUGCUUCUUCUUCCUCUUUUGCAAAUCCCCAACCACAACAACAACUUCAUGGAUCACCCAACAAUAACAAACGUGCCCCAUCAUCAACACCACAACAACAACAACCACAACAAUACACAAACACCAACAAUGACGCCAACAACCUGACGCUUGACGCCACACAACAACAAUCACAAAAACAACAACAACCACCAAAUACAUUCACAAAUCUGAUCACAAAUACAACAACAACAUUAACAACAACAACCACAACAUCGUCGAAUGCAACGAAUGCGGCGACAAUGACAACCGCAACAACAACAACAACAAAUGCAACAACAAAUGCUACAACAACUGCCAUAAAUCCAACAACGACAACAACAACGAAUAACACGAACGAACCAAACGCAACAACAACCGCAAAUGCUGAUGCGGAUGCGGACGCGGACGCUCCGCUGGACGCAAUCGACUGGGAUGCCAUUGAUGCAAUGUUGGACGAUGACUUCAGCGAGUACGACAAGGACAAGAAUGGAGCUGAGGAGACGGGCGGCUCCAAGUCAGCGGAGGGUGGUGGUGCCGAAGAUAAAGUCGAUGGCAGCCUCUCGGACACCGCGAACGACCGCAAGAAGGGCGGCGGCGUCGACCAGGAGCGAUCCCCCAAAGGAGGCAGCGGCAUGGGCAAAAAGUCGAACUCCACAUCGCAACUUUCGGCCACAGGUCGUAAAAGACGUAUGGGCUUUGGAAAGAAGGGUAAGAACUCGUUCACGGUGCACCGCAGCGAAGAGGUGCUGCCCGGCGAUAUCACGCGGGAGCUGCGCAGCGGCGGCGUUAGCCUCGGCGGUGCCGGUGCCGGCGGUGGUGGUGCCAGUGGCGCCGGCGGUUCAGCAGGCGCCGGCGGCGGGGGCGGCCUGUCCCGCGGCUCGUCCUCGGAGGCAGACGCCAUCGAGCAGUUCUUCGGCGAUGGCGCCGGCGGGGAAAGAUUCUCCCCCUCGUUGCGCAACGAUGGAGCCCUCAAUGAGUUCGUAGAUGGCCUCGGACCUGGUCAGUUGGUGGGUCGUCAGGUGCUGGGAGCUCCCUCGCUGGGCGACAUCCAACUAUCGCUGUGCCACCAGAAGGGCUGCCUAGAGGUGGAGGUCAUACGGGCUAGGGGCUUACAACAAAAAGCUCAGUCUAAAAUGCUGCCCGCCCCGUACGUAAAGGUUUACUUAGUGUCGGGAAAAAGAUGUGUGGACAAGAUGAAGACCUCGUCGGCGCGACGAACUCUGGAUCCACUGUACCAGCAGCAGUUGGUGUUCAAGCAGUCCUACACCGGUUGCAUACUACAGAUAACCGUGUGGGGCGAUUACGGACGCAUCGAAAAAAAGGUGUUUAUGGGCGUGGCGCAGAUAAUGCUUGACGAUCUGAAUCUGUCAAACAUCGUGAUCGGCUGGUACAAGCUCUUUGGCACCACUUCACUGGUCAGUUGUCCCACUAAUAUAGGCUUAGGGUCUAGGCGCUCAUCAAUAGCCUCACUCGACUCACUCAAACUGUAGAUCUAAACUAAACUGAACUCGACUAAAACCAAAAUAUUUUAAAAUCAAUUCGUACAUGAAAAAAAACUAAAAACACAAAAUAAAAAUUUCGCAAAUCGC